AAGUUCAGGGCUGUUUUGAUCUGUGGGGUUGGUUCAGGCCUGUCUCUGCUGGAAACCUUGGUCCUGCUGAAUAUGAGGAACCUUACUGCUGUAUUGCAUUCGUCUCGAACUCCCCACUCAUUGGUUUCAGUAAGGCCAGGAUUUGACUCCCUGGAUGCACUGCGGAGGAGCUGCAGCUGUAGAGAGAACCAAGCAUGGCACCCAGGAUCGGCUAUGAACAUAGGAACAAAUGUCUCAAGCAGAUGGCAGGAGUGGGACACGAGCUGAUGCCUAAGGACCCUGCUGUUGCCUGAUAGUUUAGCUUCCCUAGCUGCUGGGUUCUUCUUGGAAAUGCUGCUUCUUCCAUUGCCCACUUACUUUUCUGCCAGUGGGAACAUGAUUCACAUCCUUUAUCGCUGCUGCUUUUCUCUUGCCUGGUCCCCAGAGCUUCCCAUGGUGGCUCCAUAUCCCUGUCUCCAUUGCUCCUCUUCCAUCCACCCAUUCCCCAAGAGGAUUAGAGCAAUGGCUUGACACCAGUUUCCCCCUUGCUGCAGCCCAGUUCGUGUUGCAAUUCCUCUGUCCUACAGAAUGUGGGAACCCAUUUGGAGCAAUCAGUAAACAGACCCAGGGCUAAAAUAAUGGUUUCCUCUCCUGGCAAUUCUGAAGUUUCCUGAGUUAUUCCGAUCGCCUUGGUUUCUCUUUGUAUCAGUCAGCCUCCAGAUCAGGGGCUGGGAUGCAAGGACCCAAGGGUGGUUGGCAGGGGGUUAGGAGCUGGAAGUCGGGUCUCUUUGAAUUAACCCCCAGGGUGGCUGGGCAAGUGACCAGUGCAUAGUGAAUCUGAGGCAGAUGACAGGUCCUCAGUUCUCUGUGAGAGAUGCAAAGGAAAAGGUUCACUGCUGCUGAAGGCAGUUGAAGCGUGACUGAGCUCCUCCCCAGCCAAUGACUGCACCCGCACGUCUGAGAGCUGCAAGGUUCAAAACACUAGGCUAGGACAGCAGCUCUCACAGAGAAGGAAGUGGGAACAGAGCAAAGCAGCAGCAUGUCUGAAUUGCAGAAACUUCAGCAGGAUGAAAUCCCCUCUGCCAGGCAAGUCCUGAGGGAGAAUUACAGCAAACUUCACAAAGUGGCCGACUACUGUGAGGACAACUACAUGCAGGCAACAGACAAGAGGAAAGCCCUGGAGGAGACCAUGGCUUACAGUGCCCAGUCCUUGGCUAGCGUUGCAUACCAGAUCAGCAAUCUAGCCAGCAAUGUCCUCCAACUGUUGGACCUGCAUGCAAGUGAACUCCACCAGGUGGAAGCCAGCGUCUGCUGCAUUGCACAGAUGGUGGACAUGCACAAGGAGAAAGUGGCUCGUCGGGAGAUUGGAACGCUGACAGUCUGCAAGAGGCCCCCCCACUACCAGAAAAUCAUCUAUCCAACAUAUCAGGAACCCUUGGAAGCUUACUACAGGAAACCCCUCAACUUCAGCGUCCUGGAUGACGUCGGUCAUGGGAUAAAGGACCAGAGCACGCAAUUGUCACGAACGGGAACCUUGACUCGGAAAGGAGCCAAGACAUCAUCUGGACAGUCAAUGGGCACCCUGGGGAAAAACCCUCGUAUCCCAGAGCCCAUUCAACUGCCUGUGGUUCCAGAAGGCAAACUCUCAGCAGCGUCCUCUACAUCAUCUUUAACAUCCCUCAGUUUCAGUGGAGCAGCUGGCAACGUCAAUGCCAAGGUGCCUGUCGCACAACCUGUGCCGCCUUCAGUGCCUAUCCCGGUGCCUCCUCCAUUGGACAUAGACACAAUGCUUCCCCCUCCCCCUCCUAUAGACAUGCCUGAACCGCCAUCCAUCGAUUUUGAGAUGCCGCUCCCAGAUGUCCCUCCACCAUUCUCCAUGCCAGGUUCCGACUUCCUGGAGCCCCCCCCUCCACCUCCUCCAAGCUUGACAGAGUUUGAAGAUUUUGCCCCUCCUCCUCCUCCUCCCCCCCUGGGUACAGAGGAACCUGCAUGGGCGCCAGACAGCUACUUGGAGAAAGUGGUGACCCUCUACCCCUACACUCAGCAAAAGGAGAAUGAGCUCUCGUUCCCAGAAGGGGCCAUCAUUUACAUGACCCGGAAGCACUCGGAUGGUUGGUGUGAGGGCGUGACCAGUGAGGCAGAGGGGUUCUUCCCAGGCAACUACGUGGAACCUUUCUGCUGCUGACCCCGCUUGGAUGCAGGAAAUGAUGCCACUGAGGACCAGCAGAGGUUUUUCUCCUUCACUCUCUCCCAGCCUUGGGGUUAAGGGAGCCCAUUCUCUCUGCCAAACCAGUGAGGCCACCUCCAUCCCCCUAGCUCUGCCCACAGAAUUUAUCACUAUCUAUUUACAAUCCAGAGUGAUCAGAUUCUAGAUCCCCCGUUCCUCCUCCUGGGCUAAGGCACAGACAGGCCCAAGUCCCUGGCAGAAAGCACCAGGGAAAGGUAGCUCUCCAGACCCAAGACUUAUCAGGAGCAGCUUUGGAAGCCUAGGAAAGUGCCCUGCUUUGGCACUGCUACUUUCAGGUCAAAUCUUAGGCCCCCAGAGCUCAGUGGGAGUUUUGCCAUUGUUUACCACUGGGGACCAGGAUUGAAGCCUUUAGCAUGGAAUCCCAUUGCUUGAGGCUUUGAUUAUUCUCAGCUCUUUUAUUUCCGUCCCCUAAACGUGCACCAUGAUCAGAGGAUCCUCUUCCAGGUUCUCCAGGGAGCCUGCAGCCAGUCCCUCUCACCCACCAGACUGAAUGCAGCUGAGCAGCAGAAUGCUGUUGACUAGCUGGGAAGGGAGGCAGAAGUAGGCAUGUGGAGGGCUCUGAGAUUCCCAGUGCUCAGGGCUGCUCCAAGCCUUCCACACUCCUGACUCCUGCAGUAGGUGCUUAGCAGACUCCAGUGGGUCUAGCAGAGCCUUUUCCCCACUGCCUGGGACAGUGCUGCCCAAGCCCGGAAGUAGCAAUGGGCAAGAGAUCGAAUCCCAGCUCCGACAGAGUCAUCUGGUGACCUGGAGCAAGUCGAGAUUCUCUAUUUGGAAAUCAGGCACAGUGCUUCCCUGCCUUGCAGGGCUGCAGUGGAGAGCCAUCAGCACAAAGUAUGAUGGCAGAGCGGCCAUGCCUCACCUGGCAGAAGCCUAGACAGGCAGAGACAUGAGAAAUGGAGAAUUAACUGGGGAAGGUGGUUGGAAGAUAAGAGGAUGUUUUGCAAGGAGCUUUGGCAAUGAGACUAAGUUGUACAAACCAGAGCCAGUGGAUCCAGGCUCAGAUGCACAGGAAUAGCCCACUUGUUUCCUGCUGUGUAAUGAUACAGAGCCAUGUAGCACCCUGUCAGGUUGCUGCUUGAGGUAUUAUGAGCCUUGUCCGCAAAAUGCAAAUGUCAGCAGAGCCGCAGCUUCUGCUUUGCCUCUUGUGAUUCUUUAUUAAAAAUGGCAGCUGAUUGCCUUGAGGUGUGGAGUGAGUGAAAGGUAGCUCUGCCUUUAGGUCCCACCCAGGGCCUUGCCCCAUGGAAUUUGUGGGCAGCCUGGGCACGCUGAAUCCGCUGUGGGGAUCCACCUCACUGAUGUCUUGCGGCACAUUGGAAGUGGAAAGGGAGGCUCAUUGGAUCUGGACCCCUCUAAUGCUAGGUGCUGCUGAGAGCAUUAGUGAGCAGGUCCUCUGGUGCGUGCCAUUGCACAUGCCUCUCUGCAUCCCAGCUCCCUCACGGCUUAGAUAAAGGUGCCCACUUUUAAUAAAGAGUUUUAAAACCUUGUG